AUGGGAGGUAGGAGAGCUCUGCAUUAUGUUCUGAAGAUCGGUGACAGGGGCCAGACAGCCUGUUUCUUCAGAGAUGUCCUGGGGAUGAAGGUUCUAAGGCAUGAAGAAUUUGAAGAAGGUUGCAAAGCUACUUGUAAUGGCCCAUAUGAUGGCAAAUGGAGCAAAACUAUGAUCGGAUAUGGUUCUGAGGACAACCACUUUGUUGUUGAACUGACUUACAACUAUGGAAUUGGGGAGUAUUGUCUUGGAAAUGACUUCUUGGGGCUUACUCUACAGUCUAGCCAGGCUGUGGCCAAUGCAAAACAACUAAACUGGCCACUCUCUGAAGUGACUCCUGGAGUGUUUGAGACAGAAGCUCCAGGGGGAUAUAAGUUUUAUUUAGAAGACAAAGCUCAACCUAGCACAGAUCCUGUUCAGAAAAGUCACCCUUGCCGUAUCCAACUUAAAGAAGUCAACUGCUUACUGGCAUAAUCUGCUGGGCCUGAAAAUAUAUCAUGAGGAUGAGAGCAAAAAUAGUGUACUGCUGGGGUAUGGUGACAGCCAGUGCAAGCUGGAGUUGCGGGAUAUUGGAGGACCGGUGGACCAUGGGAAAGCAUUUGGCAGAAUUGCAUUUGCUUGCCCAAAAAAUGAGCUUGCAGGCAUUGAGGAAAUCAUGAAAAAAGAGAACCAAAAAAUACUGACACCUCUAGUGAGCCUGGACACUCCAGGGAAAGCUACAGUGCAAGUGGUCAUUUUGGCUGAUCCGGAUGGUCAUGAGAUUUGCUUUGUUGGAGAUGAAGCAUUCCGUGAACUUUCCCAGACUGACCCAAAGGGAGAUCAACUUCUGAAUGAUGCCAUGGCUGCAGACAAGAGUAAAGAAUGGUUUGCAAAGCACAAAAAACAGAAACCAUCUGCAUAG